AUGUUUAAGUAUAUUGCAGACAUGAAGUUUUUGGCUGGAUUCUUGAAGGGAAAGUGCAUGCAGUGCCUGGAUUCAGACUACAGGAACAUUGUUGCUAUUUGCUCUUGUGGGGCAGAACUAUGCAGAAAGCACGCAGUCUUUCAUAUCUUUGAAAAACACACUCAGUACCCAAUCGAGAUAAUAAAAGAGAACGAAAAAAUGUACGCGCAGAUUACAACAAACGACUGUUUCCUGAUAGAAGGCUCUCUGGAGGUUCUCAAAUGCAAGUGCCUGGCAGCCUGUCUUAUAAAAAAGGAAAGUGUAUUUCCUCCGUGCAUGCAUAUUUUCAAAGUGUUCAAGGAAAUGAACAGAGUUGCAAACCAAAUAUCCAGGAUGACCAUAGACUACGAAGAAAGUGAGUGCUGCUUAUGCUCUCUGCGCAAAAACAGAUGGCUUUGUAUUGUGUGCGGUCUUGUUUUCUGCGGUAGACAGAGGUAUGAUAUGAAAGGAAACAGCCAUGCAUACAAGCACUUUGAAGGAACUGAGCACUCGAUCUUUAUAAACCUAGAUGACUUUGAUCCAAGCCACCUGCAGAUGGCAGCUUUUUGCUGCUACUGUGGUGUGUUUAUAAUAGAUGAAAUUAUUUAUGAAAUAUUCAACUGCAGAUACAUUGGAGUGUCUGGGUGCGGAAUAUGCCCAGGAAAUUCUCUAAACAAAUCGAACAAAAAAAACUGCACCAUAUGCAGCCAGAAAAGCACGUGCAUGUCCUUGCUAAAAUCCCCAGAGAGAUCAUCUGGAUAUGCACUUGCUGUGCUGCAUGGAAUUUCAUACGCUAUUUUGAGUGUAGGGUCUAUGUGCAUUUUCAAUAACAUGAAAAUCAGAGAUGCAAACACUGAGUUUAAGAACAUGGUGAAUGAGAUGCUUGCAAAGAUGAUUUACAUGCAUGUGUUUGGGAAAAACGAAUAUAUUUUCAUUGAUCAGAUUGAGCAUGCGAUAAACAGCGAGUUUGUCCGAUACGAAGAAGAUGCACUUGUAGAUGUGGCGAGGUUCUUUCGGAACUGCAUGUCCAUGCUGAAGAGAAAUGAAAGACCUGACUGCGAGGAGAAAAACAUCUCAAAUCUGUUUUAUAUUUUGCUGCGGUCAUCUAUUACAUGCAAUGUAUGCCGGGAGAAGUGGGACCGGUCAGAGAAAGUAUGUAUUUUGUACUUGAAGCCAAACCAAAGCAUCUCUGAGUUUUUCUCCAUAAAGCAGUUGGAUAAGCUCUGCAAGUGCGGGGCUGCCAAUAAAACAGUUACUUCGUGUCUUGCAAAUAUUCCUAGCAUCAUAACUAUCCGCUUGAAGAAGCCAGGGAAUUACAUUCUGGGAGAAAAUGCAACAAGUACAAUAGAAAAGGAGCUGUGCAUUCCAUACCGUGAGAGUGAGCGAAGAAGCGAACAUGCACCACUGUAUCCCCAGAGAGUGUUUGAAAACCGCAUGGAUGAAGAAGAAAACUUGCACGACAUUGGAAGUGUGUUUAUUUCUGACCUACUACCCCCAGAUGUCUUUGAGAAGAUGAAGAUGUUUUUUGUUAAGAACCAGACCAGGUCUCAGAAGAGGCCAAAGAGUAUGUUUCAGCAAGGCAGGAAAGAGUCAUUUCUAAGCUACAAGCUCAAAGCAGCUGUAAUAUACCAGAAUAAUCCGAGUGGAGGAUACUACUUUGCACAGAUGCUUGAUGAAAGAUCUUUUCUGAACAACCACGAUGCAGAUAUAGAAAAAGUGCUGUGGACAACUUUUAUUGAUGGAAAGAUUGACCAGCUGCCUCUAUUCAAGGAUGAUGCCAUACUCCUUCUAUAUGUCAAUGCUAAUGAAUAG